AUGCGGGAAGCGAGAGAUGCUCUGGCAGCUGUCGCUCUGUCUGAUGGUCGUGUUUUCGUGUUCGGCGGUUGGAACGGCCAUUCAUCUCUUGCCUCCGUCGAAUUCUGUCAACUUCGCGGCGACUGGUCCCACACUAUUGCGACGGCCGCCAGGCCGGAGGAGGGGUUCUGGCGACCGCUGGAGCCAAUGCGGACGCCUCGGUACUUUCACGCAGCGGUGGCCUUCAGGGGGAAGAUCAUUGUGGCCGGUGGUUACGCCUCAGCCAAAGACGACCAGGACGACGUUGGGCAAGCGGUCGUGGAGGUAUUUUCCCCGCCAACUGCUGAACGCCCCCUCGGUGAGUGGACGCGGGUUGCGGAUCUGCUGGUACCGCGAAAGGUCUUCACCCUCCUGGUGUACAAAGACAGGCUUUACGCUUUGGGAAAUAACGGACACCCCACGAAUACGAUUGAGGAAUUCAUCCCGGCUGAUCCACCGGCCGUGACCGAAGACCUGUCCUCCUGGUCUUGGACUGCCUUAGACCCCCUAAACGCUUUAAGUGACAUCUAUGGAGCUGUUGUUAUCCAACAAUGUUAG